AUGGACAACAGUAUAUCUGUGAAUCAACAACAACAACAACAAGCCACUGAUAACUUCGAUAUUUUAACUGGAACGGCAAUUACUAGCGACUCUACAGUAUCAUGGAGGAAAAAAAGGCAACCUUCGAAGAAGUUUUUAUUUAUCUGUUGUGAUCCUGAUAUCAAUCGAAGGGAGGAAUUGAAAAAAGCCGUACAAAGCUUAAAACAAAGCAUACCAUGUGCUCUCUCAACCAACGAUUUUGAUGAAUGUGAACAAUGGUUAAUUUCAUACCAUGGUCCUAAAAGAAUUUCUCUCAUUAUCUCCAACAAAUUUGGCAAGCAGAUCAUGCCCAAAAUUCAUGAUUUACCAUGGAUAAGUGCUAUUUAUGUGUAUUGUACCAAUCGUAAAAUUCACACCAAGUGGACUAAUGAUUAUCCGAAAGUACAUGGCGUCAUGUCUGAUGUAAAUGAGCUAAUAAAAACACUAUCAAUGGAUUUGAAAAUUUCUAAAUGUCCGAAGAACUUAAAUACGCAGGACCUGCUUGGAAAACUAUCCUUUAGCCGUGGUGAAUCAUCUCAUAAAAAAUACAUAAAGACAACGAGAAAAGAAAGUCAAGGAGAUGAUUUAAGCGAAUUUCAGUUUGCCGUUAUCAAUAUAAGAAAACGCUUAGAUGCACCAGCUUCUGCUAUGUUACAAUCUUUGAAGGCGCUGACAGGAAACAGCAUACUCAUUAUUGACGAUAUUUCAACAGUUGAUUUUGAUGAGCUCGAUAAGAAGACUACAUUUCUUUUUGUCAGUAGCGAGUUUGAUGUUACAAUGGAAAGAGCACUGGAACAUACGAAAGCAAUUUUUGUCCUGGAAGAUGACAUCAGUAAAGUCGAUUAUCAGCACCGAUUUGGUAGUGGUGACGAUCUCAUUUAUCAAUUAGCUGACGAAAUAUAUCGAUGUUAUCAACAAGAAGCGGAACAAUGUUCAAUUUCGGGUGACGUAAAAGCAGCAGAAAUUAAAAGAAACAUAUCUAAUAAAAUGCAUGAAGAAUUGGAUAAAGCAUACAAUUCAGUGCUUAAGAAUAACAUCAUCAUUACAACAUCCAUUGAUGCAUAA